AUGGCGAUGAACGUGUUUCGCUUCGCGGGGGACCUGCUGCACCUCCUUUCGAUUGCGUUGGUGCUGUUGAAGCUGCGUCGGAGCAAAAAUUGCAUUGGCAUAAGUUGCCGCAUGCAGGAGAUAUACUUGGUGGUGUUUUGCGCGCGUUAUGUUGACUUGUUGUAUAACUUCAUCUCCAUAUACAAUACCACGAUGAAGGUAUUGUUCAUCGCAUCGACCGCGUACACCAUCUAUCUGAUCCGUUUCAAGCCGCCCAUCUCCCAGACCUACAAGCGCGCGAGAGCAGACAAUUUCCCGCAUGAGAAGUAUCUCAUUCCUCCGUGCAUCCUUCUCGCAUUCGUUACGGCAGAAAAUUAUGCCAUUACGGAAUUGUUGUGGACAUUUAGUAUUUGGCUGGAGUCGGUUGCCAUCGUGCCACAGCUGCUGCUGCUUCAGCAAAUGCGGGAAGUGGAAAAUCUUACAGGCAAUUAUGUAGCGUGCUUGGGGCUGUAUCGUUUCAUGUAUAUCUUGAACUGGGUCUACCGAUACUUCGCAGAGCCUGUCCCCUAUGUGAACUACGUAGGCUGGAUCGCAGGGUUUAUCCAGACUGCCCUCUAUGUGGAUUUCUUCUUCUAUUAUGCUGUCGCAAAAUGGUAUGGAGAGAAGCUUGUUCUUCCUGUACACACUGAGGUGUAG